AAGGCUAUCUGCCACGUCUGCCAGUGGAGGCGACGUGUCACAACAAAUCGUCGUCGGCACUCACUUUCCAUUUUGGACUUUACCAAUUAUAUUUUUGAUUUUUUGUAAAUUACAUUUACUUCUUGACUAUUCGUCAAUAUUUUGUUUAUGUUGGGCCUAUAAAAAGUUUACAAAUGAGCAAGCAAACUACAUAGGACUAGUGUUUACAGGCUGAAUAAAAGAAGGCAAACAUAAACUGUUCUAACGGUGGUAGAUUGCACCUGUUACAGUGUUUCCUGUUAGUGCAACAGAAGAGGCCCUCACCAUGGCUGGCAGCACUCCAUGGGUGCCCAUUAUCAACCUGGCUAACAGCAUCAUUGGUGUAGGAGUAUUGGCAAUGCCAUGGUGCUUCAAUAAGUGUGGUGUCAUCUUAGCAACCUGCCUACUGUUUUUAUCAGCUUUUCUUACAUACACAAGUUGUAUGUUAUUAUUACGGGCUGCCAAGGCAACCAAAAAAACAUCGUAUGAAAAUCUUGCUUACCAUGUAUUAGGUGGGACAGGCAAAAUGGCUGUUGAAUUAUGUAUCAUCGGCCUGUUGUUCUGUUCUUGUGUAUCAUUCUUCAUUAUAAUUGGUGAUUUAGGGCCAGCAAUAAUCUCAAAAUGGUUUGCAAUAGAGAACACUUGGACGUUGAGGGCGAUGUUGCAAGUGUUUUUGGCAGUUUCUGUUGUGCUUCCUCUCGGUCUUAAGAGGAGUGUUGAGAGUCUUGCUGCUGUUAGUGGCCUCUCGAUGGUAUUUUAUAUUUGUUUCACAGCUGAUAUGUUUUUAAAUAGUUUAUACGACUUGUCGUUAGGGAAGUGGAGGCAUGAAAGUACAAUGUGGAAUACCCCUGGUGGGUUUGUUUGUAUCACCAUAACGACAAUAGCAUUCAGUUGUCAAACGGUGCUGUUUACAAUUUAUGAAUCAAUGACAGAUAGAACAAUAAAGAAGAUGCAAGAAGUUGUAAAGAGCUCCGUCUCAUUGGUCACCACAUUGUACUUAGUCGUUGGAUUAUGCGGCUAUGUCACAUAUUACAAACAAGGUAUUAAAGGAGACAUUUUGCUGAACUUCAAACCAUCGCUAACGUCCGAUAUAUUCCAGCUGUGUUUCACCCUUUCUGUCGCUCUCAGUUUUCCAUUAGUGAUCUUCCCAUGUAGAACCAGUUUGUAUUCAAUGUUCUGCUCACAGAGCACGUCUCAUAGUGUAGAGAAUCCUGGCGGAUCAGGUGGAAGCGUCUACAUUCCACAAGGAAAGUUCAACACAAUUACUUUAUCAAUUAUCAUAUUAACUCUGUCACUAGGAAUCAUCGUUCAAAAUGUUGAGACUGUUCUUGCUUUGACUGGUGCUACUCUGGGUAGUUUCAUCUGCUUUAUUCUACCAGCUAUCAUUUACAACAAAACACAGGGCGUGGCUAAUAAAGGAACAGCUAAGUUUAUUCUUGUUAUUGGUAUUUCACUGACUGUAAUUGGCUUGUACCACAAUCUUCAGUCCACGCCAAAUGAUGAAACGCCGAUUCUUGAAGAGAGUUUUGAAAUUCCACAACCUGGUCGUUUUAUAGAGCCUAUUAAGAAGUUCGAAAAUAUUGAUACUCAAGUAAAAUUAGUGGCAGAUGAGAAAAAAGGUGAUGUGCAUAUAGAACCACCAAACCCACACCCGCCAGUUGACAUUGUACCAAAGGAGAAGAACAUUGAAAAGGAUGAUCACAGAAAUCAAGAUGUUGCCAAAGCCCGACUGGAUGAGCUAAUAGAUUUAGAACAUGAAGAUGAAGAUGAAAAAGAAAAAAAGGGUCAAAAAGAAGCUGAAAAACAGGAUGCUGAAGCAGAGGUUAUAGAGCAACUGAAGGAAAAACAAGUUGAACAAGAAAAAAAGAUAGAGGCUCAAGCAGAAGAAAUAGAAAUUCUAAAGAAACAGCAUGAAGAAGAGGAACUUGAAAGGAAGGAAAAAGAAAGGCAGGAAAGGAUUGAGAGAGAAGAAAGAGAAAGAAAAGAACAAGAAGAAAAACAGCAGAAGAAACAUGAAGAGAUGGUAAAGGAGAAGAAAGAGAAGGAAGAUGCUGCUAUUAUUGAAAAGGCAAAAGAAGUGAUUGAACAAGCUGCAGUUUUACAAGGAGGUUUAGGCAUGCCUCAAGCACCUGUUGGAGAUCAAGGUGGGGCAUUACAAGGAGCUUUAGGUCAGCCUCAAGUACCUAUUGGUAAUCAAAUUGCAGGAUUACAAGGAGGUUUAGGUCAGCCUCAAGUACCUGUUAGAGGCCAAGGUGCAGCUUUACAAGGAGGUUUAGGCAUGCCUCAAGUACCUGUUGGGAAUCAAGGUGGGGCAUUACAAGGAGGUGUUGGUCAGCCUCAGUUACCUCUUGGAGAUCAAGCUGCAGCUUUACAAGGAGGUUUAGGUCAGCCUCAAGUACUUGUUGGAGGUCAAGCUGCAGCUUUACAAGGAGGUUUAGGUCAGCCUCAGGUACCUGUUGGAGGUCAAGGUGCAUCAUUACAAGGAGAUUUAGGUCAGCCUCAGGUACCUGUUAGAGGUCAAGGUGCACCAUUACAAGGAGGUGUAGGUCAGCCUCAAGUACCUGUUGGAGGUCAAGGUUCACCAUUACAAGGAGGUGUAGGUCAGCCUCAAGUACCUGUUGGAGAUCAAGUUGCAGCUUUACAAGGAGGUGGUCUACCUCAAGCACCCAUUGGAAAUCAAGGGCCAGCGUUACAAGUAGGUGUAGGCCUACCUCAAUUAUACGUUGGGGAUCAAGGUUUGCCAUUACAGGGUGUAGGUCAGCCUCAAGUACCCAUUGGAGAUCUAGGUGCAGCAGUACAAGAAGGUGUAGGUCUGCCUCAAGUGCAAGUUAGAGAUCAGCAACAACUUGGAAUUGGUGUUCCUUAUGCAAGGCAAGAUCUUCAAGACAAUGCUGCAUUUGGAGGACAAUUACAACAACAACAGAAUUUAGUGCAAAUGAAUCAACAGGCAGGUGUCCAACCAGUACAGAUUGCACAAGGUAUUCCACAAGAUAUGCAAGAUUUCAAACAAGAAGUCCGAGCUGUGCAGGGGAUGAAGCAAGAGCAAGCCCCAGCCCUUGGACAGGGUGAAAUUUUUGCUCCAAAAGCUGGUAUAGCUGGUCUACCAGGUGAACAACAGAUUCUACCUGGAGCUGCAGGCGGUCCACUAAUUGAUCAAGGAAUGCAACAAGGAGGCAUUCCAGGCCUUGGACAGGGUGGCCAAGAAAUUCAGCCUGUUCAGAAAGAGGGACUAGAUGCUCAACCAGUUGACCAAAGAAAUCCAGUUGAACAGAAUGAGCAAAGGGAUGAGAAAGUUAAUCAACGUCAAGACAGGGCUGCAUUAAAACCAGGUAGCCACAGCGUAGGUGAUAAAAUGGUUGAUGUUAACAAGAAAGACAAAAAGAUAGAAAAUGAAGAAGGCGUUAUAGGCGGUAAUCUCGGAAAGCAUAAUGAAUUAAUUAAACAAAAAAAAUCGGAUUCUAAAGCUGGCAGCGUAGAAAAGCACCACAAAUCAGCACUAGCUGAUAACUUAAACGCCAAAGAUACAGACGUAGAUUUACAGCUGGAUCUGGUACCUCAUGACGACGACACAGCAGACAGCAAACAGAAACAAACAGGUAACGCAAAUGCACAGAAAGAUGUUGAUGACAUUGUGAAACUUAACAAGCAGAAUCUUGUGAAAGAAAAUGAUGCUGAGAUGCAACUGGUGAAGGCUGUCAAGGAAGAUGUAGUUGAGAAAGAUGCAAUUGAGAAACAUGCUGGAGGUCAAGAGGGAAACAAAGUUGAACAGAAAAAAAAAGUAGAAAUGUGAACCAACAAAAUUUGUUGUCGGUUUAUAAUUACUCUUAAGAACUGUCUUUUUAGAAGAGUUGAUAUGCCACCAUCUCAAGAUGAAGACAAGUGCAGAUUGGAAAAUAAUUUAACCUGAAAAUGGUAAAUACAUGUGGUGUUUGGAAUCCAUGAUGUCUUGGGAAUUUUGUUAUGGAUGACUUAGAAUGUUUCAUUUUUUCAUCCUGACAUGUCUUGAAAAUUCAAAUACAUUUUAUGAUACUUUGACCAUAUGUUGAUAUUGUGAGGAAACAUUGCAACAACGGAUGCUACAAACUAAAUGUAAUAGACCUACAGUGGCAAGAUGUUUAGUUGAUACCACAGAGAAUAUUUGCUGAGCUUAAUAUUCUAAACCAAAGGAGGCAGAAUGUUUGAGUUUUGGUUGAUGAUUCUGUCCACACUCAAAUUCUAUGUGAUAUGCCCAUAUUAGGGUGUAAUAUGACAUCAUCAUGUCCAUAUAUGGGCAUGUCACACCCAUUUGUCACAAUGUGUGUAGUGUGGACAGAACUCUAUGUAUACCUUUAUUUUUUCAGUAUAAGAAGCUGUCUUUCUCCAACCUUUGAUGCAUAAUAUAUUGAAAUAUUUAAGAAAUUUGGAUGUUUUCUUCUGAAAUCUGUCAUUUUGUAAGUGAUUCAUUUGAAUUCUGUUUUUGAAACACUUCGAUAAGUAAGCAUGACUGAUUUUACUUUUAUUUUUAGGUUUAAAUGUAAUGCCAAAAAAUGAAUUAGUUCUCAGGGGUGGCAUCAGCGUUUCCUUUACAGGUGGUCCCUCAUACCCUGAGCCACGCCCACAUUAGUCCACCAUGAUUGGGGCUGAGGCAAAACCAAAAUGAUUUUUGUUACUUCUAGAAUCGUGAAAAUGGCACUCUCAGGUGCGCUGUCUCUUGCUUAAAAAAAUCGUUCUUAAUAAUGUUUCCUCGACGGAUUUUAUCAUGCUCCCUGAAAGCCGGGCCAGGUGUCCCCGACAGCUGGGCCCGGGCCCAGUUGGCCCACCUGCUGUCGCUACCCCUGGUUGUUCUAAUCUAAGAGCUAAAUAAAUGUAAUAAUAUAUUGAUGAUAUGUGAAAAUUAUUUUGCACAGAGGCAACGUGGGGCAGUCAAUCCAUCACCUCACUCUGCAGUAACCUUUCCACUAAGCCCCGCCCCUUGGAUAUAGUUGCUAAGGUCCCACAAAACGACUGUUAAAACGUAACGUUUGUGGGACAACACGUGUGCUUGUUAAACCCACGUGUAUUCUUGGCACUGUUCUGAUUGGUUGGUUGUUAAGUUUGAUUGACACUCCGGAAAGGUCCAUUCGCUUGUGUUCUCGAGCUAGGCACUUUAUCUGCACUGCUUAUCUCCACCCAGGAGUAUAAAUAGAUACCUGGUGAGGUUGCGUGCUUAUGCACUAUUUACACGAAAGAAAUAUAUGUUGAAGCCCUAUUGUUUGGACUUUGUCAAUUUAUAUUAGAUAUGCUAGGUAUUCUUGUACUAUGCUGGAUUUAAAUUUUCUGCAACUAAUGAAAAAUGAUAAGGAUACCAAUGCAUAAAUAGAAACUAUUUGCUCU